UAGUCGUUCAGGGUAUAGCCAGCAUGUUAAUAUUUGCGAUCAAUCUAUCAGUGAUAAAAGUGAUGAUUCUAUUAUAGAUAUUAAUGAUGUUUUAUUAGAAAGUGAAGAUAUUUUUAAUUUUAUUGAA